UUGCGUCUCAUAUAUACCACUUUGUUUCUUCGAUGCUCUUGUCAUCGCGCCGCCUGCUCUCGUUUCCACCCAGCGCCUCGUUCGAUUCCUUCCAAGCACCACCAUCAUCAUGAGCGCUUCGAAUAUGUCCCAAUUGUGCACCAACAACAACGCCGACUCUACCGGGGAAUUACCCACCAAUGAAUGGACGAUAUGGUCGGGCUGCGGCGUCCCCACUUACACCGACACCGCCCCCUACCUGCAAAGCUGCUGUGAAGCCCUCGACGGCUACGUCUUCUCCUACCAGGACGUGUUCCCCCUCCUCGUUGAUUCUGACGCUAUCUCAGACUGCUGGGCCAACUGCAUGGUCAACAUCUCCGGCACGUAUUGGGCCGACUCGAUGAACAUUACAGAAUGCCUCAUCGCCAACGACGAACAGUACAACAACGAGAACGCCGCGGCCCGUUGUGCCGGACCGGCCAUGCGGACUCCGAGGAAUCUCGCCACCCGGCAAACCCAUCCAGGUGGCUUGAUGGGGUGGAGUGUUGGCAUCGUGGCCCUCGCUGCUUGCCUCCUGACCGUGCCUUUGUAGCUGUCUUGGCUCUGCGGACGUUUGGGAACUUGGCAGGAGAUAGGACGAGGAAGAGGAAGAGGAUGCACACCAUGUCAACGAGCCGGGUUCUGGCCGAAGCUUUAUGGGGUGCUGGGCUACUUGCUCCCGGCUAGGGCUCUCUGGGCUGUCCUUUCCGACUACCAAGGCUCUUGUUUCUAGCAUCCGAUCAGUGUGCAGGGACACAAGGCCGGCCCUUCAUAUACCAUUAUCAGGCCGUUCAUCUUUCCGAGUCGGUUGUCAGCGCAGUAUCGAAUCAUAUUCAUACUUUGGCCUUACUUUGGCCCAAGAUGGUGCAAUGAGAUCUCGAUCUC